AUGGCGGCGGGCGAGGCCGUCGUCUACCACGGAGGAGGCAUGUACCACGGCUGCCGGCGGCUGCAGCCGGGCGAGGAGCGGUGGGUCAUCACCCUCUUCUACGGCCUGGACCGGCGGAGCACGAGGAGGAGGUACGGGUACCACAGCCGGUUCCCUCUCGGAGGCUCCGCGAUGGCGGACAGCCACGCGCCUCUCUUUCACCACAUCGCGAGCAAGCCUGGCUGCGACGUGCUGCGGAGGCGGGGCCUCUACUCGCCAGCCGCUCUCGUGUCCCAGCAUCGGCUCCGGCCGUCUCCGCCGCGUGCUCCGCCCGCCCGCUUAAACUGGCUUGCUGACCUCUUCUCGCCAGACGCUGCCGACUCGGCCGCCGCCGAACUUGUCUUGAGCGAAUUAUGCGAGCCAGAGUGGGCGAUCCGGUGCGAGCUCGGUGCUGCCGUCGCAUCCAGCCUCGGCGGAUCGGGCUCGCUUGCGCGAGGCAGGACAGAUGCGUCGACCGACGUGCGACUCGACUGCGGAGUGCGCUUCGAGAUCGAUGCCGGCUUUGACCCACCUCAGGGCACCGUUCGACUGGCGAGGCCAAGCAGGUUGCUCGCGGCAGAGGGUUUCUGGAAGGUUUCGGAGACGGAUGACCGGGACGUGCCAAAGGCCAUCUCUUGGCGCCUUCAGUCCACUGGCAUUCGGGCGGGGGAGGAGGAACUCGUUCCCCCCGGUCCGCUCUACUUCAACGCGCUCCUGGAGGGCGACGGCUCUACUUUGCCACUGCAGCUAACGGCGGGACGGCUCACCGUGAAGGAGGAUAUCGGAGCGGAUGUCGGCAUCUUCCGCGCGCGGGGCAUCCUGGCCGAGUUCAAAAUUGUGGGAGCCUUUGAGGCCCAGCGGGCCAUCGACCCUGCUCAGCCGCCCGCUUCGUGA